AGCUAAACAAACCCGACCGGUACAGCUGAGCAUGACAGACUGCACCAAGUUGCCGUACGUCUGGUAUUAAACGCUCGGCCGCUCGGCAUUUCAGAAACAUUCAGGGCUCGGUAACUUGUGAGAAGCCUUCUUAAGUAUCUUUCAGUUCUAUUAAGGUCACCGUGGUAACAAGAUUAGUCUGGUUGUGUAGGAGAUUACAGGGCUACAACUGCUGAGCUAGAACAUGGCGGCCACGACAGAGAUCCUACACGCAUGGCGCGACCUGGACCAGCCUACGGAAUGGAGUCGGGAAGGAGAACAGCUUGCAGGGCAAAUUGUUCUUCCCAGUUUCGCGAAGAACUUGGAAAAAUACUUGCAGACUGCCUCCAGUCCGGAGGACAGGGAACGGUGUUUGCGUCUCCUGGCGUCCCUGAGUGUCCAGAAACAGCCGCUUCCCCAUCAGAGAGUAGAGGAGCAGCCCAGAAGGCCCAAGUCAGCCAUGCCGGCGUUAGGGCGAGAGAAGGCACCGCACCCAGCCUACAUCACCACCAACCAACGGGAGUACCAGUACCGGCCAGGCUCUGCCCUGGACAACACAAGGCCUGGCACCACGAAACACAGCUAUAUCACGCCCUACCAGCUCCCAGAGAAAAUCGGUCACACCACCUACCACGACCAGUAUUACAGCAAAGGCCACCACAAAAGAGAACCUAUCCGGUCCGGGACAUCGUCGGGGAACCGAAAAAACAACCCACAUCCUUUCCAGUCUUUCAUGGUGUGGAAGUUUCCACGACAUGAGAAACCACUAAAAGAAGGCAGCCAAUGGGGAACUGAGCUCACCGACGACAUUAUGGACCAGGUCAUCAAGGACCAGACGAAGUCCACUUACCAAUCAGACUACUUGGGCAUUCCACAAGGGUUCCAGGUAGGAAAUGCUGUUGACGCACCGUUGGAUUGGAAGUCCCAGGUUCCCUACUCUCUGGACUCCUUCAUGCGUUACACCUAUCGGCGACCUGUGCAAGAGCCACAACUCAAGGAGAACACCACCAGAUAUGGCUGUAACUCCAAGAAGAUGGUGCCAGCGCACGGAAUAGCGCCCAACGCAUCUCAGCUGCAGAACCAUUUGAAGGGCCGUACCACGUACCAGCGCGAGUACAACUCGAAAAAUGGGCGUGUGGAGUACCGGGACCUCAACACACUGGACCCAGACUGUCUCAGAGAAAUGAUAAACCAGACGGAACCUGGAAGAGACAAGCACGUACUGACGAACAUCCUCCGGUCGGUGAAGCACCACGGCGACCACUAUCGUGAGCUGGCAAGCGUGAGCCGCCGCACGCCGCCGACCCUGCGAUCACAGCGCCCGCCAAGUACGGCCAGCUCCCGCCGACGCACCUUCGAGACGCCCAUCAAUCCUAAGAUAGUGUCCAGCUGGGUUGGACCUGUCUGAUGUCAAAGGAACUCAGAUGUUGAAUUGACUCAUAUGCUGCUGGACAAGACUCAACAUAUUGUUGACUUGUUGUGUACUAUUCCAAACAGUGUUUAGACUUGUUGUGUUAUAAAACCUUAUGUGUUCCGUUUUGUUUUCACCCACUGCUCAUGCUGGGGAGCUUACGUUCAAAAGUAAUAAGAACUGCUGAUAAUAUUUGCCACGUGGAGCAUAUUACUUGCAUCAUUGUCAUAGAUCCACUCUUCAGAGUUAGUGGUUUGUUAAAUUAUGGAGUCUUGUACAUUUUAUGAGCAGACAUUGACAUACAAACAUGUGCACAAGUAUUUUUUUCCCUUUUCCAGGUUGUUAUUGUUGUUGUAUGAAAUGCACACAUUUUGCGUGACGAUUUGUGUGACCACCAGUGAAAGGAGGAAGUCAUGACAGACAUUUGUGCAUAGUUAAUAUGCCAACACAUCAUGGUCACUAUGUACAGAAAUAUUGUACCUAGUACAUAAUUUUACACUGCUACACGUGUCGCUGUUGUGUAUUUAACCCACAUGGCCAUAUACUGUUGUGUAUAGUCUUACGCCAUAUCAUCUUACUACCAAGCAGUCUCAAGUGGAACAAAUUUGACAAUGUCUGAAACCAUGACAAUGUCUGUCAAGAUAUGUGUAAUCAAAAUGAGUUGUAAUGUUGUGUACAUAUUUACGAAGAAGUAAAAAGCGCUGAAAGAAA